CAUGGAGUACAAGAAGAAGCAACGUCCGCUCAAGAUUCGCAUGCUGGAUGGGACGGUUAAAACAGUCAUGGUGGACGACUCCAAAACGGUCACGGACAUACUCAUGACAAUCUGUGCUCGGAUUGGCAUCACCAAUCACGACGAGUACUCGCUGGUGCGGGAGAUGAUGGAGGAGAAGAAGGAGGAGAUCACCGGCACUCUCAAGAAGGACAAGACCUUGCUGCGGGAUGAGAAGAAGAUGGAGAAACUCAAGCAGAAGUUGCACACGGACGAUGAGUUGAACUGGCUGGAUCACGGGCGAACGCUGCGCGAGCAAGGUAUCGACGACAGCGAGACGCUGCUGCUGCGACGCAAGUUCUUCUACUCCGACCAGAACGUGGACUCCAGGGACCCUGUGCAGCUCAACCUGCUCUACGUGCAG